GCCUACCCUCACACGCGCUUUCCUACUCUACAUUGCUCUACCUGAGGAGCGCCGCCGCCUUUCCGCCAGGACACACAGCCUGCACUUAGACACUCUCUCAGUUCUCCUCAGUCUGCACUUUUCCCGGCGUUAAGUAAGGAUGGCGGCAAAGACGCGGAAGGCAUUGCUCCUGGGCGCGAUGCUCGCUUUGCUACGCUUCGGCUCAGGCAAUGCUGAUGUAUUGACAGCUUCUAACAUUACCUGGUCAUCCAUCAAUUUUAAGACACUACUGCAUUGGGAACCUGAGCCCACAAAUUAUGUUUAUACGGUUGAAAUAGAUGGGGACCUAUCAAAUCGGAAAAAAACAUGUAUUCAUAUCAGGAAUACAGAAUGUGAUGUUACUAACCUGCUGAAGAAUGUAAAAGAUACCUACAUUGCUCGCAUAUACUCUGAAGUGCCAGACCAGGACAAUGAUUUUAAUACUCCUCCUUAUGAAGUCUCUCCCCGAUUCACACCCUAUGAACAAACUGAGAUUGGAAUGCCAACUGUCAGUUAUUUUGAACAGAUAGGCAAAACUUUGAAAAUAGAGAUAUCUGAUCCACUGACUCCUUACAGAUUUAAUAAUGGAAGCUUUCAAACUAUCCGGGAUAUAUUCAAAGACAAGCUGGAAUACACAGUGUACUAUUGGAAAGACCAAAGCACAGGAAAGAAAUGGUCAACCAAACGAAGCAACCAGUUUGAACUGGGUAUUGAUGAAGGAAAAAACUACUGCUUCUAUGUCCAAGCAACUAUUUCAUCAAAUUCAAGGAGCCGUGAAAGUCCCAAAAGCAUAGAAAAAUGUACUAGUGUUAAAAGGGAGGACUUGGAUGGUCUUGACUUAGACACAAUUCUUAUCAUAGCAGGUGUUGCAGCUGGAGUCAUCGUUCUUGUUAUUAUUUUGUCGGUGAUUGCAUAUAAAUGCACAAGGAGAAAAGCAACAAAGAAAGAGAACAUACCCCCAAAUCUGUAGGGAGAAGGUCAAGUCUUCAAGGGACUUCAAAAAUUCUCCUCCGACCCGAGGAAGCAAUUAUCACUGACUUCUCAAUUCAGGAGUCUUCUAUUGUUUCUGUGAAACAUUCCUAGUUACAACACUACUUUAAAAGCUGGAUUUGAGUCUGUCAGUAACAACUGUGAGAACUGUUUAAAAUAUAUGAAUUGACAGACAUGGUUAUAACAUUACUGUUCCUUUUGCACUUUUGGUGUAUUUUUAUAUUAUCAGUUGGUACGGGUUUUAUACUAUUGUAAAGAAAGACUUUUAUUCAAGUCUGACAGACUUUAUAAAAGGUGUUUUGAUGGUGAAUCAAUAUUAAACACUAGAAUAUGCCAGAUCCAGGUACUUGCUAAUAAUUUUUAAACUGGAAAAUUCUAUGCUUUGAAACAGACAUCUGGGAAAAAAUUCAAAGCAAUAAUUUUAAUGGUACUAUUGACGGCCAUGCUGAAUUAACAGGUAUGAUAGCCUAUACAUAUUAAUUUAUGUAUUAGGAUUUAGCACUUUAUCAGCUAGUAACUGCUGGACAGAGACAAACCUAACUUAUUUAAGUGGCAUAUGUUUGUAAACAUAGGUGAUGUGAUUUUGAGGUUUCUCACACUACUAUAAUCAAUGUUAAUAUAUUUAUGAUUUUUUAUAAAGGGGAUUAAAUAUAUUUGUAUAUUUUGUAGUAACUUAUUUUAUGUAAUAUUUACUGAAAUAAAAAUAAAUUGGAAUGUUAGAAAAGG